AUGGCAACUUCCGCUUCCAAUGCCGUUCUCCUUGGAGACGUCUACUUCGACGACGUCGCCGCCAAGCCCUCCGGCGUUCGCUUCCGGGACAGAACUCGCCGCGCCGCUUUGCGAGCCACCGUCAAUCUCACAAGAUUGCAACCCUUGAACGGUCUCUUGAACUUCGGCUGCUCCACUUCCGAUGCAACUUGGAGGAGUUGGAAUCCGAGCUCGCUCCUUGUUGGGACCAAGCACUCCUCCUUUCCUUGCUGCUCCGCCGAGACAACGCCUCAUGUUCAACCCCUUGCCUCCUCCACCUUUUCAGUCGACCAAACCAAUUUUGGUGCGGAGAGGUUGAAGUUGUUUUCGGGGUCUUGUUACCUACCACAUCCGGAUAAGGAGGACUAUGGUGGAGAGGAUGCACAUUUCAUUUGCGUUGAUGAACAAACAGUUGGUGUGGCAGAUGGUGUAGGUGGCUGGGCAGAUGUUGGUGUUAAUGCUGGACUGUUUGCUCGAGAACUCAUGUCCCAUUCCGUUAGAGCAAUUGAAGAGGAACCCAAAGGUUCUGUUGAUCCUGCAAGGGUUUUAGAGAAGGCUCACUCGUUUACAAAGGCCAAGGGUUCAUCGACAGCAUGUAUCAUCACACUUACUGAUAUGGGACUGCAUGCCAUUAAUUUGGGUGAUAGUGGGUUCAUUGUGAUUAGAGAUGGAUGCACCAUUUUCAGGUCCCCUGUUCAACAGCAUGACUUCAAUUUUACAUAUCAACUGGAGAGUGGAAAUGGAUGUGAUCUACCCAGCUCUGGUGAGGUCUUUAUGAUACCUGUUGCCCCAGGAGAUGUUGUCGUUGCUGGAACAGAUGGAUUGUUUGACAAUCUGUACAAUGAUGAGGUUGCUGAAGUUGUUCUACAUGCAGUUGGAGCUGGAUUAGAACCCCAAGUAACUGCUCAGAGGAUAGCAGCACUGGCUCGUCAGCGAGCACAGGACAGGAAUAGGCAGACACCAUUUUCUACUGCUGCUCAUGAGGCUGGGUUCUAUUAUUAUGGUGGGAAGCUUGAUGACAUAACAGUUGUUGUGUCAUACAUAACUGGCUCAACAUGUGUGAGUUUUUCGCCAUCUUAG